AUGUCACGAGAAGAGCUCUCAGCGGCUGCCGCGCCGGUGCUGUUCCGCGACCGAUACCCACUGCCCCUCAUCGCGGAGACCCUGCAGAAUCUGGCCAAGGCUAAGUGGUUCACCAAGUUGGACGUGGUGGCCGCUUUCCAUAAGAUCCGCAUGGCUCCGGGACAUGAGGGAAAGACUGCAUUUCGCACGAGGUUUGGGCUCUACGAGUGGCUCGUGUGCCCUUUCGGCCUGAGCGGCGCCCCGGCAUCAUUCCAACGAUACAUGAACAGUGUAUUGCGCGAAUGGCUGGACGACUUUGUCACAGCGUACCUGGAUGAUGUACUGAUCUACUCGAGCGGUUCGAAGGCGGAUCAUGAGGCUAAGGUGCGACGAGUUCUCCAAGCACUCGCCGACGCUGGGCUGCACCUAGACCCAGCGAAGUGCGAGUUUUCGGUACAAGAGGUCAAAUACCUUGGGUUCAUCGUCAACGCAGGGAAAGGAAUCGCCUGCGACCCCGAAAAGCAGCGCGCCAUCCGCGAAUGGGAGGCCCCGACCACGGUGAAGGGUGUCAGAAGCUUUCUGGGCUUCGCCAACUAUUACCGGAUCUUCAUCCCCGACUAUGCCAAGAUCACGCAGUCUCUGGAUGCCCUGCUUAAGAAAGGAACUGCCUUUCAUUGGGGACGAGCGGAGAACGAGGCGUUUCAGGAGCUGAAGCGACGAUUUUGCGAGUCACCGGUGCUCAAGCAGUGGGACCCGAGCCUCCCGACCUUUUUGGAGACGGAUUGCUCAGGCUACGCAUUGGGAGGCGUCCUGUCGCAGGAAGGCCCAGAUGGACGUCGACACGCAUGCGCCUUCUUCUCGAAGCGACUUUCGCCAGCGGAGUACAACUAUCCCAUUCACGACAAGGAGAUGCUUGCCAUCAUGAGAUGUCUCGACAACUGGAACGCCGAACUUAGGAGCUGCGGCCCAUUUACAAUCCUUACCGAUCACCGCAACCUGGAGUAUUUCAUGACACGCCAGAAGCUCACGGAACGGCAGAGCCGUUGCCGAAUUGUCCCAGUUCGACUUCAAGCUCGAGUAUCGACCGGGAAGCGAGGCUGUCGUGCCUGA